AUGCGGCUGCACUCGCAUGGGGCCAAUUAUGUCGGCAGCGUCCACUGGGCUGCCGUUCUCGAUAGCAUCUCCGAGCUCCGCGACCACUACGAGGAGGAGGAAGAGGCGCGCAUGCUGGCUGGCGACCAUGUGCUGCGCCCUAGUCCGGGCCCGCGUCUGCUCUACGAGCCCGUGCAGGACACCAAGGCCGAUCUUCUGGCAGCAAUUCCUGCCCGGCCGGUCGUAGAUCGCAUGGUGGCCCGGUACUUUAAUGCACAGGGGGUGGUUCCGGAAAUCCUGCACAGUGGCCAUUUUCUCCGCGAGUAUGAACGGUUCUGGCAGGACCCGGGGGCAGCAUCCUUGGCCUGGAUUGGCCUGUUGUUUAGUGUCAUGUGUGUCACUACGCAGUAUCAACAGUCUAUCGAGGAGUCCACCGACCCCGAGACACCCAUGCGGGUGAACGUGUUCCGCGAGAAGACCAUUAACUGUCUCGUUCUGAGCGAGUACACCCGGGGAGGCGACUAUGUACUAGAAACCCUCAUCAACUACCUCACCAGCGAGAUGUUCCUGUCCAAGGACGGCGAGAUCGGCCUCUGGCUGGUGCAAGGCAUGCUGGUGCAGCUGGCCCUGAGUCUGGGCUACCACCGCGACCCCCACAAUUUUAGCAAUAUCACCCCCUUUGCCGGCGAGAUGCGGCGGCGCGUGUGGGCCGUCAUCGUGCAGCUGGAUCUGCGCCUCUCCAGCCAGAUGGCCCUGCCCCGCCUGCUGAAGCUGCAGCACUAUGAUACCACCGAGCCCCGCAACCUGCUGGACACGGACUUUGAUGAGAAUACCCCCGAGCUCCCCGCGUCCCGGCCCGAGACCGAGGUGACACCCGUGCUGUAUAGUUUGGCCAAGAGCCGGAUCGACCAGAUGAACGGGUUGGUCAGUGAUCUCGUCAAUGACACGCGGGAGCACCCGCACUCGGAGAUCCUGGAGUUGGACCGGAAGUUGCAAGAGGCCGAGGCAUCCCUGCCGCCCAUCUUCCGCUGGCAGCCGCUGAGCCAGUCGUUUAUGGUUCUGCCGCAGAUUGUCAUGCACCGCGUGCUGCUCCAGCUCGCCAUCCAGCGACAGACCAUCUGGCUGCACCGGAAGUACCUCACUCCGGCGUAUAGCCCGGCUCAUUACCAGGACUCGCGCAAUGCCUGUGUGCAGGCGGCUAUCAAGAUCCUCGAGUUUCAGCAGAUCGUGGACGAAGAGACCCAGCGGGACGGGCUGCUGUAUCCGGUGCGGUGGAUGUUCAUGUCGUCGCGCCCGCAGGCCGUCUUCUUACUGGGCAUCAGCAUUCUCUGUUACUACGUCCAGCUGACCAAGUCCCGACCUGAUGUCGCCCUCGACUCGGACACCGGCCUACGGAUUCACAAUCUACUACGCAACACGUAUCCGCUGUGGCUCCGUUCGAGCGCCGUGUCGCGGGAAGCCCGACGGGUGGUGGAGCAUCUGGGGCCUUUGCUGGGGCUUCGCGGACGACCCGAACCUGCCCCGUUGGUGGGUGCUACGACCGUGGGACCUGCUCCAUGGGUCCCUCCCCAGGACCCUGUCCCGUUGAUGGAUCCGCCCAACUGGGACUCUUACGAAGGUAAACCACCCUGCUAG